CUGAACCGUCAACAUUCACCCCCAUCAUCACCCGGACUUGCGUGCCCCGUCCCGUGCCGAUUCUCACCUUUACCCCAUCUCGCUUUCCUGCACCACCCGUCGGAAGCAGCGAAACACAUGUCUUCUCCCCCGAAUCUCCCUUAAACGACAGCAUGGAGGGACCGCUGGCUCCAGGGGCGGCCAACGGCAACAUCCGAUCACCAAGCCCAACGACACCGGCGAUAGACCCCCAGAUCAUCGUCGAUUAUCUCGAGAGGGUCCUCGAUGUCAAUCUCGGCGCUUCAGAGCAAGACCUCCGCGCUCCGGGCAGUCUCCUGUCACCCUCCAGAAUACACGACACCCUUCAGCGAUGCACCCGGUUCGCACUUGAGACGCAGACGGUCAUAUACGUCAUCAAGGACAGAGUUGAUGAGACUCACAAAGAUGGGCUGGAGCCAAAUGGUGUUUCAGCACACUAUACCUAUACCGUUUCCUCAGACCUUUUGCCUUCUCCUACCUGCGCAACGUACAUGGUCAUUACGAAGCAACCGAUACCUAUAGACCCUACGAUACCCAUCAGCCAACAGGUGCUGAUUAAUACUCUCCCUGGCUUUACCCUUCGCAAUAAUAAUGCUUCUUCGCAAGAGUUGUCCCCUUACGCACCCUUAUCUUCACUUCUUCAACACGCGGUUGAGCCGUAUUUUGAUGCAUACACCAAAGACCAGCGCAGCCGGACGGGGUAUAGCAAGGGUGACAAUGACGCAAGGACGGGUAUUUCGGCCACUAAGAAGAAGCUGGCGGAGCUGGCGCUGAGUCUGCAGCACCUGCAGCAGAAUGUUGAGAUUCCAGAACUGCUCCUACCUUUGCACCCUAUCAUCCAGAAUGCGCUGGAGAGCGCCGAAGAACGCAACGUCAAGCCUGUCCCGGAGCUGCUGCCUGCCGCCGUACUCACCGACAGCAGCUUUCUCAACGGGCUUCAAGCGACGGUGAACGGAUGGAUUAAGUCAAUUCAGAAUAUCACCAGGACUUCGCGAGAUGCACAAACUGGAACGGCAACGCAAGAGAUUAAUUUCUGGCUUUCUAUGGAAUCCAGGUUGGAGGACAUUGAGGCCCAGCUCAGUAGCCCUGGUGUGAAGUUGACACUGGAUGUAUUGAAGAAUGCAAAGCGAUUCCAGGCCACAGUCAGUUUCAGCGCCGACACUGGAUUGAAAGAGACGACAGAUCUUGUCCAAAAAUACAAUCAGUUGAUGCGAGACUUUCCCUUGGAUGAGUUGCUGUCGGCUACUUCCCUUCAGAAGGUCCAGGAGGCAAUCCAGCAGAUCUUUAGUCACAUGAACAAGAAGCUCCGCAUCUGUCCUUAUCCCGUUCGGCGAGCCCUCCCUCUGGUGGAAGCCAUUUCAGGUGAUCUGCAAGACCGGCUGAAGAAGUUGUUGAACGGCAAAGUCCUCAUGUCCAUGGAGUAUCCGGAGUUCCAAGCCAUUAUGGGCACGGCCGAAGGAAUAUGGCGCGCCUGGGAGGAGAACGUCAAGGAGUUUACCAACGUUGCCCGCGAGGUGACGAGGCGAAGGAACGAGAAAUUCAUCCCCAUCAAAAUUGCAGCUCGUCACAAGGAAAUCGAGGAGCGACUUCGGUACAUUACAACUUUCAGAAAGAACCACGAGCAGCUGCAGCGAACAAUUGUCGAUGUUCUUGGCUCGCAGUCGUCUCUCCCAUCUGCCUCCGACGGAUCACCUACUAGGGAAGCCGUCAUUGUCGAAGAAAUUGGUGACGUGGACGCCGUUGAGGAAGUUGCCCAAGCUUAUGGCUUCCUAAAGGAGGUUGAUGUGAUGGAGGUUAACGAGGCCGGCACUGCAUUAUUUGAGCAGGCUGAGCAAAAGUACAACGAGCGGACCUCCCGAGUAGAGAACUCUAUCAUUGCGAGGUUGAGGGAUCGCCUUGGAACCGCCAAGUCGGCCAGCGAGAUGUUUCGCGUUUUCUCAAAGUUUAAUCCUCUCUUUGUGCGACCAAAGAUUCGAGGAGCUAUUUCUGAGUACCAGACUCAACUUAUCGAAAAUGUCAAGGAGGACAUCUCGGCGCUCCAUGAGAGGUUUAAGCGGCAAUAUGGAAACUCCGAGGCACACGCGAUGGCCCAACUUCGCGACUUCCCUCCUGUUUCUGGUGCCGUCAUCUGGGCUCGACAGAUUGAGACUCAGCUGGAGAACUACAUGGGUAAAGUCGAAGACAUUUUGGGUAAAGAAUGGGCCCUCCACGCAGAAGGCCAAAAGCUUCAAGCGGAGACUAGCAUGUUUAAGAAAAAGCUCGAUACCCGACCGAUUUUUGAGUCCUGGCUGCAAGAAGUUGCUCGACGAAAACUAUCAAUAUCUGGACGACUCUUCCUGAUUAGCAAGAAUCGUGCAGCCGGCAACAUACUUGAGCUGAACGUGAACUUCGACGCACAGGUAAUCGCUCUCUUCAAAGAAGUUCGAAACUUGACAUGGCGCGGCUACCAAGUACCCCACGGAAUCAACAACAUCUCCAAGGAGGCGAAACGAGUAUACCCAUAUGCUGUCAGCCUGAUGGAGAGCGUGCGAACUUACACCCAGACCGUACGAUCCAUUGGGGAGAUGACUGGAGUCGCGUUACUUUUGAACGGUUACCUUAACGAUGUUCAAGGCUUAGUUGGCAAGGGCGUUCCCCUUAAAUGGGAAUCAUUCGUCCACGCUUAUGAUCUCCACAUCCGACAAACUAACUUCCCUCCUGGAACAUCCGGUGCUGUUCGAAGCGAGAGCAAGCAUGUUCAAUUCGUCCGUGAAUUUGCUGCAGCCACAUCCUUGUUGCAGGCGAAAGUAGCAACGCUACUGUCAAUCAAUGUGACUGUUGAGAAGGCUCUAAAGGACCUGGAAAUAUGCCCCUACAAUACGGAGUCUUUCAGACAGAAUCUGGAGACAAUUCAACGUUCUGUCGAUCAACUUAACCUGGAGAAUUAUUCGAACCUGGCCUCAUGGGUCUCGGAGAUGAAUGCACGAAUAGAGUCUAUCUUGCUGGUACGGCUGAGCCGGGCGAUCACAGAGUGGAUCGAAGUGUUCAACAACGUCGAAGAUCAAGAUCAUAGACCCAUUAGCCAACCCGCGGUGUCUGAGACGACGGACGAGAAACCAAGGCUCACAAAGCUCGUUCACGAGAUCACAAUGCGGAAUCAAGUCAUCUACCUCGACCCGCCACUUGAAUUCGCCCGCGCUAGCUGGCUAGAACAACUCCAGCAAUGGCUCGCUGUGAUAUGUACUCUGCAGAAGGUGAAAGCCUCGCGAUACGAGAUGCGCUUGGAAGCUGUCGACGACACCGCGAUGAACCAAUUCGUGGACCUUCCAAGCCGCUGCACAGACUCCUUGAUGCAGGUAUACGGCGCUAUUGAGGGCAAGCUUCGCGACAUAUCUUCCUACGUCGAUGAGUGGCUACAGUUCCAGUCAUUAUGGGAUCUCCAGUCGGAAUAUGUCUACGAUGUUCUGGGAGAGGCUCUCUCGCGAUGGCUACAGCUCCUCCAGGAAAUCCGAAAGACGCGUGCUACGUUCGACACCUCGGAGGUCAGUCGAUCCUUCGGAUACGUCACUGUCGACUAUGACCAGGUUCAAGUCAAAGUCAAUGCCAAGUACGAUCAAUGGCAGCACGAGAUCUUGAUGAAGUUUGCAAGUAGACUUGGGCAACGUAUGAGUGAGGUGUACGCCGAAAUUGAGAGGGCUCGUAAAGACUUGGAGAGCCAGUCGCUCGAAGCAUCCUCCACUGCACAAGCAGUCUCAUUCAUUACCACUGUUCAGCAGUGUAAGAGGAAAGUCCAGGUCUGGGGACCAGAGGUGGAAGUUUUCCGUCAGGGCCAGAUCGCGCUCAACCGCCAACGCUAUCAGUUUCCACCUGAUUGGUUACCUAUGGAGCAGAUUGACCAUGAGUGGCAGACUCUCAACGAUGUCUUGGAAAGGAAGACGAAGAUUGCAAAUGACCAGGCCGAUGGUCUUCGAGCAAAGAUCAUUGCAGAGGACAGAGUUAUCAAUCAGAAGAUUGCGGAUAUAACGGCACAAUGGGCUGAGGAGAAGCCUGUGUCUGGGAACAUUCCCCCAGCAGACGCGUCGGCGACACUUUCGACGUUCGAUCACAAACUCAACCAAUUGCGUACGGAGUCUGAGAACAUUUCUAAAGCUAAGGAUGCCCUGAAUCUUCCUUCAUCACCAGACAACAUUCUUUCGUCGCUGCUCGAGGAAGUCCAGGAUUUCAAGUCGGUUUGGGCUUCGUUGGGCACGAUUUGGAGCAGUAUUGAUGAGCUCCGUGAGACCCUUUGGAAUAGCAUCCAGCCUCGUAAGCUUCGCAACAAUCUCGACAAUCUCGUGAAGAUGACCAAAGAUAUGCCGAGCCGAAUGCGACAGUAUGCAGCGUUCGAGUAUGUUCAGAACAACUUGAAGCAGCUUCUGAAAGUCAACUCCCUUCUCAGCGAGAUGCGUUCAGACGCUGUUAGGGAGCGACAUUGGGCCAAGAUUUUCAAGCAACUGAGACCCCAGAAGCGAUACUCUGCUGUGUCUAUGACUCUUGGUGACGUCUGGGACCUACAGCUUGGUCCGAGUGAGAAGAUUAUUCGGGAUGUCAUCACGCAGGCUCAAGGAGAGAUGGCUCUUGAAGAAUUCCUGAAGCAAGUCCGUGAGACUUGGCAAAACUACUCCCUGGAACUUGUCAACUACCAGAACAAGUGUCGUCUUAUCCGCGGUUGGGACGAUCUUUUCGCUAAGUGCAGUGAGAAUUUGAAUUCGCUGCAAGCUAUGAGACAUUCUCCAUAUUACAAAGAGUUUGAAGAGGAUGCAUCGGCCUGGGAAGAGAAGCUUAACCGUGUACAUGUCCUCUUCGAUGUCUGGAUCGAUGUCCAGCGCCAAUGGGUGUAUCUCGAAGGAGUCUUUACUGGCAAUGCCGAUAUCAAACACCUACUCCCAAUGGAGUCAUCACGUUUCCAGAACAUUAACUCCGAGUUCUUGUCCGUCAUGAAGAAAGUCUCUCGGUCACCAUUCGUUCUUGAUGUUCUGGGCAUCUCUGGUGUGCAAAAGUCUCUCGAACGUCUAGCCGAGCUUUUAAAUAAGAUCCAGAAAGCGUUGGGAGAGUACCUUGAGCGUGAACGCGUAUCAUUCCCUCGAUUCUACUUUGUCGGUGAUGAAGAUCUUCUUGAAAUCAUUGGCAACAGCAACGAUACCCUCCGCAUAGCCAAACAUUUGAGGAAGAUGUUUGCUGGUAUCUCAGGUCUCGUUACGGACGAAAACUCAACAAUCCUAGGAUUUACCUCAAAGGAGGGCGAGGAGGUUAUGCUUCGAAAGGAAAUAUCUUUGGCGAAAACACCUCGAAUCAACGAAUGGCUUGGAGCGCUCGAAUUGAAUAUGAAGAGCACCCUUGCGGAGUUAACUAUAGAGGCCUUCCAAGAGUUCGAGGCGCUUUCGGCUGCUGAUGCCAUGGAUCCCGAGGCUUUCGAUGCCUACAUCGCUAAAUACCCCGCGCAAGUUGUCGUCCUUGGAACCCAAGUCGCCUGGACUACAGCCGUAGAGAGGUCUCUUACUGAAGAAGGAGUUAGCCUGCCCCAACUGUAUGAUAAGCAAGUCAAUAUCCUGAAGUUGCUUGCAACCUCCGUCCUUGGCGACCUCGAACCCAUCCAACGGAGGAAAUGCGAGCAUCUAAUCACAGAGUUCGUCCACCAGCGCGAUGUCAUCCACAAGCUGCAAAAAGUUGGCGCGCGCUCACCUACCCACCACAUGUGGCUGCUUUCCAUGCGCUACGUCUAUGAGCCUGAGAGAGACUUGUUACAGCGACUCAAAAUCAAGAUGGCCAAUGCUGUUCUCGAUUAUGGCUUUGAAUACCUCGGUGUAGCAGAGCGCCUCGUUCGGACACCACUUACUGAUCGAUGUUUCCUCACCCUCACCCAAGCCUUGUGCCAGCGGCUUGGUGGAUCUCCUUAUGGACCAGCAGGCACUGGAAAGACUGAAUCAGUUAAGGCGUUGGGUGUGCAGCUCGGUCGAUUCACUCUGGUCUUCUGCUGUGACGAUACGUUCGACUUCCAGGCUAUGGGCCGUAUCUUCCUCGGUAUUUGCCAAGUAGGUGCCUGGGGCUGCUUCGACGAGUUCAAUCGUUUGGAAGAGCGAAUCCUAUCUGCUGUGUCCCAGCAAGUACAAAACAUCCAGCUCGGACUUCGGAAAGGAGCCGAAGACGAGAAGUCGUCUCAGAUUGAGUUGAUUGGCCGCCAAUUGAAAGUCAAUUCUCAAACCGGCAUCUUCAUCACCAUGAACCCAGGUUAUGCAGGCCGUUCCAAUCUUCCGGACAAUUUGAAGAAACUCUUCCGAAGCGUCGCUAUGUCUAAACCUGACAAGGAACUUAUUGCCGAAGUUAUGCUUUACUCUCAAGGUUUCUCUCGUGCGAAGGAAUUAUCUAAGCAGGUGGUACCUUUCUUCGACACCUGUGCUGUCAGCCUUUCGAAGCAGGCACAUUACGAUUUUGGUCUCCGAGCCUUAAAGAGUGUGCUUGUUAGCUCUGGUGGACUCAAGCGAGCUCGCAUUGCCGCGCAGGGUUCACUGCCCGCGGAUGAGGAGGUCAUGGAACCGCAGAUUAUUGUCCAGAGUCUGCGGGAGACAAUGGCACCAAAGCUGAUCCGCUCUGAUGCUGACAUCAUGAAGACUAUCGAAGCCGACUCUUUCCCUGGGGUCGAGUAUAUUCCUGCGCCACUCGACAAACUCCAGGAGGCUAUUCGCAAAUCAGCAGCCGAGUCUAAGUUCAUUGUCAGCGAUGCCUGGAUGGCAAAGAUCCUCCAGUUUUACCAGAUCCAGAAUCUUCACCACGGUGUUAUGAUGGUUGGCUCAUCUGGCUCCGGCAAAUCAGCAGCAUGGAAGACAUUGCUGGCAGCUCUGCAGACAGUCGAGGGCGUGGAGGGUGUCUGUCACGUUAUCGAUCCCAAAGUGAUGUCCAAAGAGAACCUCUACGGAACCCUGGACAGUACUACCCGUGAAUGGACUGACGGCCUCUUCACAAGCAUCCUUCGGAAAAUCGUCGAUAACCUUCGUGGCGAGGACAGCAAGCGGCACUGGAUCGUCUUUGAUGGUGAUGUGGAUCCCGAAUGGGUUGAGAAUUUGAACAGUGUUCUCGACGACAACAAGCUUCUCACUCUGCCAAAUGGUGAACGUCUCAAUCUCCCACCGAACGUUCGGAUCAUGUUCGAAGUCGAGACUCUUAAAUACGCAACCCUCGCCACUGUCAGUCGUUGCGGUAUGGUCUGGUUCAGCGACGACACCGUUGAGAUUGAUAUGAUGAUAUCCAACUAUAUUGAGAACCUCAAGACCAAUCCCUUCGAAGAUAUCGAGGAUGACUCAGUCGCCCCAGGACAGAUGUCUCAGAAGACUCUUUCCGUUCAAGGAAUGAUCGCUGAGUUCCUGCAGAUUAAACUAAGGCAGGAUCGGUUCAUCGAGAAGGCGCUCAGCGUGGCUAAGAAGUUUCACCACAUCAUGGAGUAUACAGAUAUCCGCGCUUUGAACACGCUGUGCUCCCUGCUGAACAAGGCUUGCCGAACUGUCUUGGAGUAUAAUGUCCAGCAUCAAGACUUCCCAUUGGAGGAUACUCAGAUGGAAGCUUACCUCUCGAAGAAGCUGUUGCUUGCCUUGGUAUGGGCCCUAGUUGGAGACUGUCCUUUGGCAGAGCGCAAGCAGUUUGGAGAUCUUAUCGCUGGCCUUACAGAUGUCGAACUUCCACCAUUGUCUGACACCACCUCCCUCAUUGACUUCGAUGUCCAGCCCGAGAAGGCAGACUGGAUCAUGUGGCAGAGUCAAGUUCCCAAUGUUGAAGUUAACACUCACUCUAUCAUUCAGACGGAUGUGGUCAUUCCGACUCUCGACACCGUUCGCCACGAAGAUGUCCUCUAUUCCUGGCUUGCAGAACAUAAACCUCUCCUGCUUUGUGGUCCCCCUGGCUCUGGUAAAACCAUGACUCUCUUCAGCGCACUUCGUAAACUGCCGAACAUGCAGGUCGUAGGCCUUAACUUCUCAAGCGCCACGACCCCUGACCUCCUUAUCAAGACUUUCGAACAGUAUUGCGAAUACAAGAAGACACUUAACGGAGUUCAGCUCACGCCUACCCAGAUUGGUCGUUGGCUCAUCAUCUUUUGCGACGAAAUCAACCUUCCAGCUCCCGACAAGUAUGGCACCCAGCGAGCCAUCUCCUUCCUCAGGCAAUUAGUUGAACAGAACGGAUUCUGGAGGACUUCUGACAAGACUUGGGUUACUCUCGAUCGCAUUCAGUUCGUCGGUGCAUGCAACCCCCCAACAGAUGCAGGGCGUACCCCCAUGGCUCUUCGAUUCUUGCGUCAUGCCCCAUUGAUUAUGGUCGACUAUCCUGGAGAGCAGUCACUACUCCAAAUUUACGGCACAUUCAAUAGUGCGGUCUUGAAGAUCAUUCCGACCCUGCGUGGUUACUCAGAGGCGUUGACUAAGGCAAUGGUACAGCUCUACGCGGAAUCUCAGAAGCGCUUCACCCCAGAUAUCCAGCCACAUUACGUCUACUCCCCUCGUGAGCUGACUCGAUGGGUCCGAGGUGUGUACGAAGCACUCCGACCGCUCGAGACCUUACCUGUGGAAGGGCUCAUCCGAAUCUGGGCCCAUGAAGCUUUGCGCCUCUUCCAAGACCGUCUCAUUGACGAAGAUGAGAGAAAGUGGACUGAAGAAUGCGUCCAUCGUAUUGCUGCCGAACACUUCCCUACCAUGGAUGAAGGGAAGGCGCUUGGAGGGCCUAUUCUCUUCUCGAACUGGCUCUCUAAGAACUACGUGCCAGUCGAACGCGACCAGCUCCGGGACUUUGUCAAGGCGCGUCUGAAGACCUUCUGUGAGGAAGAGGUUGACGUUCCAUUGAUCCUCUUCAACGAUGUUUUGGAACACGUUCUUCGAAUUGACCGAGUAUUCCGUCAACCCCAAGGCCAUCUGAUCUUGAUUGGCGUCAGCGGUAGUGGCAAGACAACAUUGUCGCGAUUCGUGGCCUGGAUGAACGGUUUGAAGGUUUACCAGAUCAAGGUUCACGGAAAGUACUCCAGCGAGGACUUUGACGAGGACCUGCGAAAUGUCCUCCGAAGAUGUGGUUGCAAGGGUGAAAAGAUAUGCUUCAUCAUGGACGAGUCCAACGUCCUUGACUCUGGUUUCCUUGAGCGCAUGAACACACUUCUCGCCAACGCCGAGGUUCCUGGUCUUUUCGAAGGGGACGAAUACGCGUCGUUGAUGACGGCUAUCAAGGAAGGUGCUCAGAGGCAGGGCACCAUUCUCGACUCUCAGGAGGAGCUCUACAAGUGGUUCACUGAGCAGAUUGUGAAGAACUUGCAUGUCGUCUUCACAAUGAAUCCGCCCGAGGAAGGUCUGUCAUCUAAGGCCGCUACUAGUCCCGCGUUGUUCAAUCGCUGCGUGCUUAACUGGUUCGGUGACUGGUCCGAUCAAGCUCUUUACCAAGUGGGCUCUGAACUCACACAAUCUGUCGACUUGGACCGACCGAAUUUCAAUGCUCCGGAUAGCAUUCCUGUCGCAUACCGUGGACUCAAUCUUCCGCCGUCUCACCGUGAGAGCGUUGUUAAUGCUAUGGUGUAUAUUCAUUACUCGUUGCAUAACUUUAACACGAAGCUACAGAAGCAGCAGAAUAAGACCACUUAUCUCACGCCUCGACACUUCCUGGACUUCGUUGCACAAUAUGUCAAGCUCUACAAUGAGAAGCGCGAAGACCUGGAGGAACAGCAACGCCAUCUCAAUGUUGGUUUGGAAAAAUUGCGUGAGACUGUCGACAAGGUUAGGGAUUUGAGGGUGAGCUUGAAGGAUAAACAGACGCAGUUGGAAGAGAAGGACAAAGAAGCGAACGAGAAGUUGCAGAAGAUGAUUGCGGAUCAGCGUAAGGCGGAGCAGGAGAAGGCAGGCUCGUUGGAGACCCAGACCAAGCUCGCCAAAGCAGAGGAGGAGAUAGCGUCUCGAAAGGAGGUUGUCAUGAACGACUUGGCGGCUGCUGAACCUGCUGUGAUUGAAGCGCAGAAGAGCGUCCAGAACAUCAAGCGACAACAUCUUACCGAAGUCCGAUCCAUGGCGAAUCCUCCUGCUGGUGUCAAGUUGGCGCUGGAGGCUGUCUGCACCCUUCUCGGCCACAAGAUUGCUGCCUGGAGGGAUAUACAGGCCGUUGUCAGGCGCGAUGACUUCAUCGCUAGUAUUGUCCAAUUUGACAACGAGAGGCAGAUGACAGCUCCCCUUCGUCGGAAGAUGCAGCAUGAUUUCCUUUCGAAGGAGGAUUUUACUUUCGAGAGGGUCAACCGUGCUUCCAAGGCCUGCGGUCCCCUUGUGCAGUGGACUGCGGCCCAAGUCAACUACUCCGAUAUCCUCGAUCGAGUGGGUCCACUUCGUGCAGAGGUUGACCAAUUGGAAGCGGAUGCACAGGCAACGAAGGAUGAGGCGAAGGAAACCGAACUCUUGAUUAAGGAACUCGAGGAUAGUAUCACGCGAUACAAGACGGAAUAUGCGGCUUUAAUCAGCGAAACGCAAGCCAUCAAGUCUGAAAUGUCGACUGUCCAGUUCAAAGUCGACCGAAGCGUCCGUCUUCUUGAUAGUUUAUCCUCUGAACGAUCUCGAUGGGAGGAAAGCAGCAAGUCGUUCGACUCUCAGAUUGACACUAUUGUCGGAGACGUUCUUGUUGCUGCAGCCUUUAUCGCCUACGGAGGUUACUACGACCAACAAUACAGGAAGACUAUGAUGGAAGACUGGCUACACCACCUUUCUCUUUCUGGCAUCAGCUUCAAGCCACUCAACCCUGUAACCGAAUAUCUCUCUACCGCUGAUGAGAGACUGACUUGGCAGCACAACUCUUUGCCAGUUGACGACUUGUGCACCGAAAACGCUAUCAUCCUGAAGAGGUUCAACCGCUACCCAUUGAUCAUCGACCCCUCUGGCAGAGUCGCAGACUUCUUGCAGAACGAGUGCAAGGACCGACGUCUAACCGUCACGAGUUUCUUGGAUGAUUCCUUCACUAAGCAAUUGGAGAGCUCCCUACGCUUUGGCAACCCGAUCUUGAUUCAGGACGCCGAGCAUUUGGACCCUAUCCUCAAUCAUGUGCUCAACAAGGAAUACCAAAAGACUGGUGGUCGUGUGCUCAUUCAGCUUGGCAAGCAGGAAAUCGAUUUCUCGCCUUCAUUCAAGCUAUAUUUGUCUACACGCGAUCCUUCGGCUAAUUUUGCUCCCGAUAUCUGCAGUCGAACCACAUUCGUCAAUUUUACGGUUACGCAGAGCAGUCUGCAGACUCAAACGCUCAACGAAGUGCUCAAGUCGGAGAGGCCGGAUGUGGAUGAGCGACGAUCCAAUCUCAUUAAGAUGCAAGGAGAGUUCAGCGUUCAUCUCCGACAAUUGGAGAAGCGCCUGCUUCAGGCUCUCAACGAGUCUCGCGGAAACAUUCUCGAUGAUGACCGUGUCAUCGAAACUUUGGAGACUCUUAAGAAGGAAGCCGCUGAGAUCUCGGCUAAGGUUGCAGAAACUGGUGACGUUAUGAAGGAAGUCGAUAAUAUCACCAAGGAGUAUACUGUUGUUGCUCGUUCUUGUUCGGCAAUCUUCGCUGUCCUGGAGCAGCUACACCAUCUUAAUCACUUUUACCAAUUCUCGCUUCAGUACUUUACGCAGAUCUUUGCAAAUGUACUGCGGAAGAUUAAGAACUCUGGAAUGACUGGCCAUGCGGUUCGUAUUGAUCAGAUUCUGACUGAGCUUUUUGUGGAUACCUAUCGUCGAACCUCGCUCUCGCUAUUGCAGAAGGAUCGUGUUACCCUGGCUAUGCUUUUGGUCCAAGCUGCUCCUUAUAAGAUGGACAAGACCCUGAUCGACACAAUUCUCGACAAGGAUUUGGAGGCAGUGGAUAUCUCUACCCAACCAGAACGCAAAGAUGAAGCGAUGGCUCGUGCCGCUAAACUCACCAUCUUCAAAGGUGAACUGGACAAAGUGGACGCUGCGGCAUUUAACAAUUUCCUCACAGAGGAGCUCGGAGAACGACAUGUUCCCCAAGCUUGGCCUGUGGAUCUCCCUAAGUUUGACCGACAUCUUCGAUCUCUCGUUUUGGUCAAGCUCUUCCGUGUGGAUCGUUUCGUCCCUGCUGUCGAGCGCUUUGUCACUGAGGUACUUGGCAAGGGUCUACUGGAUGCUAGUGGCGAUCUGAGCGAGAUUGUCAAGCAAGUCACGGCCGUGACACCUGUGGCCCUCAGCUCCAGCCCUGGCUUCGAUGCAAGCUACAAGGUCGACAAUCUGGUUGAGAGGGAACAUGCUACAUGCACCAACAUUGCCAUGGGUUCGAACGAAGGUGUGGAAAGUGCGGACAAGGCAAUCAACAACGCCGCCACUACUGGCAACUGGGUACUUGUCAAGAACGUUCAUCUGGCACCUCAAUGGCUUCAGUCGCUUGAGAAGAGGCUUGAAUCUCUCAAACCUAACCCCGACUUCCGUCUCUUCUUGUCCAUGGAGUCAAGCCCGAAGAUCCCAGUCAAUCUUCUUCGUGCCUCUCGCGUCUUGUCCUAUGAACAGCCCGCAGGUAUCCGUGCCAAUAUGAAGGAUUCACUGUCAUCCUUGGCAGAAAAAGCGACGAAGCAGCCGGUCGAAAAAGCUCGCGUCUACUUGUUGCUGUCCUUCCUUCAUGCAGUGAUUCAAGAGCGUCUACGAUACGCGCCUACUCUUGGAUGGAAGGGCUUCUGGGAGUUUAACGACAGCGAUUACGAAUGCUGCAGCUUCGUAAUCGAUACUUGGAUCGACUCUGUCGCACAUGGACGCACCAACAUCGCUCCCAAGAAUAUCCCCUGGGACAUGAUCCGCACCCUAAUUACCGAAAUGUACGGCGGCAAAAUCGACGACGAGGCUGACUUCCGCAUACUUUCCUCCAUCGUUGAAAACUGUAUGACACCUGUCGCCUUCGAAGACAACUUCAAGAUUGUCAAGGACACAGAGCAGAGCGAGGGCUUGGAGCUGCCGAGCUCUACAGGUUGGAGAGAGUUCAUGGGAUGGGUGAAUGACUUGCCGGAGCGUGAGCCGCCGACUUAUCUGGGGCUACCAGCGAAUGCAGAGAAGUUGUUGCUAGUGGGGCAGGCGAAGGAGAUGGUGGCAAAUUUGGAGAAGGUUAUGAGGAUGUUGGACGAGGGGGAGCAGAUCAUGGCGGAAGCGGAAGGUUGAUACUGGACUUCUUUAUUUGAGGGCUUGAUUUGGAAGACGAUUCACAUUCGCUUUAGUGGGGUUUCUUUGCUAUCUCUCUCUCUUCUCUCACUGAUGUCGAUCAAUCAUCUCUUAGGAGAUGUUAGGGGGCGUAUUGGGUUUGGUCGUCCGUGCAUUGCUUGCGUGCAUGCAUGAAUUGGUGGCAUGGGAAGGCAGUCUUUUUCUGGGAGAGUCGAGCGAUCAAUUACUUGCGUCUUGCUUUAGCUGUUGGGGGCUCAGUUUGCGAAUUGCUGAUAUACCCAUUACCCUUUUUUUGUAUUCAGAUUUUCCUUCGGUUCAGAUUGUGUUUUUAGUGAUUGUAAUACAGCUAUGCAGCU